AUGAAUUUUAUAAAAUAAAUUUUCUCUAAACCAUCAGUGCAAUAAAAACAAUCAUAACCUAAGAAUCAAAAUUCUGAUUUCUCAAUAUUUGAUCCCUAAUACACUUAAGUAAGAUUGAGGGAUGCAAAAUUAUUAAUCAAAGACAUGAAGAAAUUAGAAGAAGUUCUAAAGUUCUAACCAGAAUCAAUUAAUGAGUAACUCAAAAGAUGCUAUGCUUUACAUAUUAUUCUAAGCAGUGAUUAAUAUUAAGUGAUAGAUAAAGUAAUCCUUUCUUGUGAAUAAAAUCAUGUAAAUUAUGUUAUAAAAUAGAGAUCAAACCAGUUGCUCUUAAUACAUAAGCAAAAACAGCAGUUACUACAAAUAUUAAUUAAACAUGUUAAAUUAUGUCAGAUUAAUAAAUGAUUGCUACUUAGUUUUAAAAUUCAAUGUACCUUAAUGUUUCUGAUGUAAUCAUUUUAUAUAUAUAUAUUUAGCAAUUAUAACUUUAUGAACAAAUACAUCAAAAUGAAUCUGAAUUUAUGAAAAUCUAUUUCAAUUACAUAUAAAGGAUAACUUAAAAUUCAGAUAUUUAUAAUUCUUGUAAAUUCCAUCAAUAUCCAUACUAAGAGGAAUCCCUAAACAGAAAAUUAUAAUUUGUUUGGCUCUUUAAAAUAAUCAAUAUGCUAAAUUUUAAUUUAGGGUUUAUACCAUAUCUUCAAUUCUCAUUUAAUCAUAAAACAUAGAAUUCAUUUAUCAUUAAAGAUAUAGCUUACUUAAUUUAUAAAGAUUGUUUAAUGGAAUAUGGUUUUUUAAGAAAUGAAAUUACUGACAUGAUCGAAUCCUAUUCAUAAUUAUAGAUCAGAGAUUGUAAAUUCAAUAAUGUAUUUUUAGCACUGCAAUUCUAUGAAUUGGUCUUAAUUAUGCUCGAAAUUAAUAAAAAAAUGCAAAUUUUCUAUAAUUUGAGAUAAAAUUUUGCAUUGAAUACAUCGUCAGUUAGAGAUAUUAAAUGGUUUACAGUUGAAAAAAAACAAUUAAUAGAAAUAGAAAAUUUUAUAUCUAAAGCUAAAUUGUUAAAUACAGCUCAAUUUAAAAAAAGCUUAAUGGUUCCAACUUAAAAAAUCCUUAUGGAAAAUCUCUAAAAGGUUAUGUAAGAUCCAACACUUAUGGAAAAUUCUUUUCUCAAAGUAUAUUAUAUUCUUUUAUCAUAAGGAACCAACAACUUCCAAAAAUAUUAAGAAAAUCAAUGAAUUAAUGUAUUCGCCUUUAAAUUCUAAAUAAAUUAGAAUGUCAAAUCAUUCAAGAUAAUAAUCAAAAAAUUGA